AAUUAUCGUGACGUCAUCGUACGUAGAUACAAGAAUUUUCCGGAGACAGACGAAAUUAAAUUCAAAGACUGUCGUGCAGAUUUUCCAGGAGUCGAAAAUGCCAAACAUCAAGUUAGCGAGUUCUGAUGGGGAGGUGUUCGAGGUGGAAGUAGAAGUUGCCAGGCAAUCAGUUAUCAUCAAAACAAUGCUUGAAGACCUUGGCAUGGAUGAGGAGGACGACGAUGCCAUCCCUCUACCAAACGUCAACGGCACCAUCCUCAAGAAGGUGCUGGAGUGGUGCCACUUCCACAGGAACGACCCCCCUCCACCAGAAGACGAUGAAAACAGGGAGAAGAGGACCGAUGAUAUCUGUGCCCAUGACCAAGAUUUCCUCAAGGUCGACCAGGGGACCCUCUUUGAGCUUAUUCUAGCUGCUAAUUACCUUGACAUCAAAGGCCUACUAGACGGUACAUGCAAGACGGUAGCGAACAUGAUCAAGGGUAAGACAUCAGAAGAGAUCAGGAAGACUUUCAAUAUCAAGAAUGAUUUCACGCCUGCAGAAGAAGAGCAAGUGAGGAAAGAGAAUAGCUGGUGUGAAGAGAAAUAAAGCUACUUGUACUCGAGCACCACUUUGUUUUAUAUUUUAUGCAGACUAUGUUAAUUGCACGAUAUUUGUAAGUAUGUAUGUAGGUCCCUGCUCUCACCAUGUGGCCAGUUCUGUUCAUUAUAUAUAUAUGUAUAUCCAGCAUGUACCCUUUAAGUAGGGGAUUGGCUAGUUGUUAUCCUUGGCUUACAUAUAAAAUGUAAAGUCCGAGUAAUUUGCUGCAAUCGCUCUCCUUUCUGAAUAUGUUGUGUUUGCGAUGGUUAGGGAUGGGUUUGAGGCCGUGAUUUCUGGCUCGGAGAGCUUCGAGUCAUUGGGCCAUUCAAUAAAAGUUUUCCUGUCGAUUUUGUACAUGCGACUUGGGCCGAGACCAAGGCCAAGUCCGGCAAAUGAGGCUCGAGGCCGGCCUUGGAUCCAUCCCUUAUCUCAUAAUGGUACUUGCACCGGAAAAUUAGUUCUGAAAAAAAAUCUAAAUUCUAUCCAGUACCACGUGGACCCUGACGUACACGGCCCAACUUGGCAAUUGAUUGUUUAAUUCAUUUUGGUGUUUGUUAUAUUUAUCAAUGCAAGCAUCAAUAUUAACGAUCAAUGCUAUGAUCAAUUUCCAUUCUUGUGUAAUACUGGUCCAGAAUACCCGUAGCAUUUCCCAUGGGAAUACAUUCCAAUGUCAAUGUUUCAAAUAAAAAAUAUAAAUCCAGAUCUGGAAAUUUUAACUUAUUUUGAUACCGAUGGUAUCAGGAUUACAAAAGUAAAUGGGCCUUUUACUUUCAAUUAGAAAUUUAAUGCUUCAAUCAGUAGCGACCCUAACAAGAGAUGAGCAAGGAGCGAGAUGGAAUAUUUGACGGAUCUUAGUUCUCUAUUCACGAACUUCAUUUCAAAAGUUUUUGUGUCUAUAAUGUGUUACGAUGAAAGAAAUAAAGUGAAUUUAUCGUCCGACCAAAUGAGUUCUUGCAUGAACAUGUUACAAAUAAGGAUUAGCUUACGUUGUCUAUAUGUAUUUAGAAAAAUGAAUAUAUUGCCUCGGUAGGGAAAAUUUAGAUAAUGGGUGAUUUCAAGCUUGAUUUUGGUGUUUGUGUUGAGAAUAUAAGUCAGGCUGCCUACCCUAGCACCAAUGCUGAAUGCCAGUUUACAAAAAGUGUACCAAUCAUAUUAUUGGUAACUCAAGACCUAAUGACUUUUUUUCCAAGCACGAGCCUCACCUCAGGGUUGGUUUUAUGACUGAUUUAAACCUCGGCCUAAUGCUAACACCAGUGACCAAUACUGAACUUGAAAUUAACACCAAUGAUGUUUGUCCAAGCACCACAAACAUUUCAAGUUUGGUGCUAUGAAUGAUAUAAACCUCAGCCUUAGCCUAACACCAACACCAACCCUCAACACCAAACCUAAAUUAAAACCACACAACUUAGGCUCAAGCACAAACCUCACUUCAAGUUUGAUGCUAUGACUGAUGUAAACCUCAGCCCAACACCAACACCAGUGGUCAAAACAAACUGGAAAUUAACACCUAAUGGCUUCAGUCCAAACACCAGCCAUAAUUCAAGUUUGGUGCUAUGACUGAUGUGAACCUCAGCUACUGUAAACCUCAGCCUAACACAGACACCAAUGAUUAACACAAAACUCAAAAUCACCCGUAUUGUAAUUUACUGUCACUGCUGUGUAAAAGGCUUUUUUUUUAAAUACUGAUUUAUCUCUGAAGUGAUGUGGCCAUCAUUCUUUGAACUUCUUGUAUUGUUUUGGAGGCAUGAAUCCAUGGGAUGUUACACAAAGAUCACUUGUGAUUUAAAGUAUCUUUUUUUUAAUUUUAGUUACAUGUACAUGCUCUGCAUUAGUUAGAUCAGAUGCGCUUUACCACAUGAUCAUAAUUGUAGCCUCUUGGCAUGUAAACAUUAAGAUUAUACUCAACUCCUUGUGAAACCGUCCCCAAGGAACAUAAUCAUCAUUAUUAUUUUACCCUCAUUGACUGAAAUUUCUCUGUAUAGUUUAGAUUAGUUAUAGUUUAAGCCUGCCCUACAAUCUCUAUAGGGUUCUAAGUAUACUGCCUAUAAUAGAUUGAUUGAUGCAAAUAUCCAACCACUUUAAUCUUACAAAGUCUAAUCUUAAGAGCCAAAAAUUAUAAAUGUAAUCAUAUAAUUACGGUACACUCUAAAAAGCUUGACCCAUUCAAAGUUUUCAAACUUAUUAAAACUUUGUAUUUUUUGAACUGCAGAGUGUAUGAAGAAUUAUCCUCACCCGUUUAAUGAAUAUUCGAGGCUGGAAUUAAAUGCAGAGUUGCAAUGUUUUGGGGAAAAUUAACAAGUUUGCAUCAUAACAUAUCUUUUAGAUCUACUAUUUCUCUAUCUAUGAUUAACGGAGAUCCUUUAUAUAAUAGUGACAUUUUGUGUAUUUUAUUCGUGUACAUGUAUCUAUUAUGAGUAUAUGUCCAAAAAAAACUUAUGUUCUCCUACAGCCAUAGAUGAAUAUAUAUAUAUAUAUCAUUUCUUAUAUCUAAUUUAUUUUCUGUUUCAUUAAAAUAAUAGUCUCAACCGCAUGUUCCAUUGCAGUUACUGGUACAUUGUAAGUAUUACACAUGCAGUGUAUGUUUAUGUGGGAUAGUUAUUGAUCUGGGGGUGUUUGAUGAAGACUACGUGUAAUGCAAAUGAAUUUUUGUUUUACUCUCUUGAUGGUAGCAUUUUGAAACUUGUUGAUAAGACUUUGUACUUACUGUAUACUAGCCUAGUACGAACAUACAGGCAUUUACCAAGUUACUUGUAACAGUUGCGUGAUUGUUUCAUGUGCUAAUGUAAUGGUGUUUUUGUUAUCAAAAGCUUUAAUGCACACGGCUUGCAGUUAUGAGUAUGUAGCAGUACACUUUUUUUAAUCUAGUCUUGUCGCAGACUUUGAUGCCUACACUGCUCGGCGCCGCCUUUUAUCAUCUACAUGUAGUCUUGUCUGCAGACUUUAAUCCCUCUGAACUACUGUCAUGAAGGUCGAGCGUCGUAAAGACUAUGAUCGGAAUUGAUUGAAAAGAUCAAUCGCUUAUUUGCCUACUUGUAGAUAUCUUGUUACUAGAAGAUUGUAGUGUUCUCUUGCAUGAAGCAGGCUCAAUUCUUUUCAAAUUUGCAAUCAAUUUCAAGACAUAUGAUUGAUUUUAAGUUCCUUACAAUGCUCUUUGAAACACCCAGAUUUUUCAACUAUUUUGUCUCAGAUUAGUACGACUUUUGUUUGGCAAGGACCUUUAUCACUAUUGCAUGCCUUAUUUUGCGCCAUGUUUUUAACCUACAUCAAAUUGCACAGAUCAUUCUAAGGUCAUAUAUUGUAUAUUUUACAACAUUAAUCUCAAUGUGCAUGAAUCGUUUUGUAUGAACUGUUCUUUUUUGUCUGGUUCGAUUGACAACGUUGCUAUUCCAUCGAAGAGCUGAACAAAAGAAAUCUUAUGAAACGAUACCAUAUUUUAUUUCUGACCGAUAUGUUAAAACAGGAUUGUUCACAAUAACAUGACUUUGCACACGAGAGGUGUUCUAGGAUUCAAAUGGAGUGUAUUAGAGAGAAUACUGUAUAUAAACAAUGAUUUUUGUGUGUAAAAUCUUUAAAAAAAACAAUUAACAAAAGAAAUACUCCGUAGCUGUAUAAGUUCAUUAUUUGGCCAAAACAGCCCAACAUUCUGUUAAUAUUUUGAGAGGAUUGGUGAUGUAUAAGUAUAAUUCAAAUCAAUUAUCUAUUAUCAGUGUUGAGAGAGAAGCUAAAUAUCCCCUGGACCUGGUCUCACAAAGAGUUGUGUUUGAUCCAAUCAAUCUCAACUAUGGAAAGCAAUUGAUAACAUCAAAUGCAUAUGUCUAUUGAAAGUGGUCAUUGAAUUAUUAUGAACAUAAGUGCUUCAGAAGUUGUGUGAAGCAAUCAAAAUGUUCAUUUUUGUUUACAAAGGGACAGUGAAGACAUCAGAGAGAGAACCGGAAUGUUCAGUUUUUUUUUUUUAUUACAAAGGGGCAGUGAAAUCACCAAGAGAAGAGAAUUAUGGCAUCAAUGGCUUUCCAUAGAGAACAUUGAUUGGAUUGAUUGUAAUACAUGUCUAGUCACACCCCAAAACCUGGCUCCAAACUGACCAGUGGUAUUUCAUUGAAAAUAAUUUAAUAGUUUUGAUCAGCGUGGUGUCAAGUUUGGUUGGCGUGACUGCACAAUAAUGCUCUCAAUCAGUUUAAGAUGUAUGUCGCCCUCUAGAGUCGAACAUGUGUACAAUGUCAUGAUGAUGAAAAGACUGGAUACAUUGUUCAGCUAUGAGAUUUAGUGUACAAAGUCUAAAAGCUAUCCCUUAUAUGAAUUUAGCCAUCCAAUUUGAGGUGGAUAUAUUAGCAUGUAAAUCGAAUUUGAAGUGUUUCGUCUGUUUUAAAAAUAAAGUGUUAAUUUGUGAUAAAAUUACAACCCAGUGAUUUUCAA